UGGCUUCAUUGCAGGAAGUGUAGCGAAGCAGCAGUACAGCGCAUUCUCUGAGAACUCUCUGCAAGCAAAGGAUGAAUUCUCUGCAGUAAAACGCAGUCUAGGGAGUGGUCAUGGCAGGUGCUGAGAUCACAGUGUCCUCAAAGAAUAUAGUGAUGGUGAAGGAAGAGGAGGAGGAAGGGGAGCCCUGUGAGAGCCAUAAGACUCAGGUCAUCCUCCACCAGCAGCCCAUCAUACAGGGGGCAAAUGAGGACAACGCUAACACUGGUUCCACUGUCCUAGCCAUAGAGACACACAAUGAAGACAAUCUUGUGGAGGGUGAGGAGGUUGAGUAUGGAUACCCCAUCACCUGUGGCGAAAGCAAAGCAGUCCUCCUGUUUAAGAAGUUUGUCUGUCCUGGUAUCAACAUCAGAUGUGUCAAGUUCAAUGACCAGCUGAUCAGCCCCAAGCAGUUUGUUCACAUGGCAGGGAAAGCCACGCUGAAGGACUGGAAGAGGGCCAUCCGACUGGGAGGGGUGAUGCUCAGGAAAAUGAUGGACUCAGGUCAGAUUGACUUCUACCAGCAUGAAACAGUGUGCACCAACACCUGCCGCAGCACCAAGUUUGACGUGUUGAUCAACAGCACCCGCUUCCUUCCGGGCAGCGCCAUGCAGCCCCCCCCUUCCCUUCUGCCCAGUGAGCCUAUCAGCCAAUCAGCCAAGGUAGAUGGAGGCCAUGCUGCAGUGUCAGAUGAGAGGCUAGAGGAGAAGGACUACAUUACAGUGGAAUGGAGCCCUGGGCCAGCCCCUCCCAUCACCAGCACAGCCAAUGGACAUGUCAAGAGGAAAAGGGGUGAUAUCAUCCCUGAUGGCAGUCUAAGCUUUUGGAGAGGCAUAGCAGACGUUGGCCUGAUGGGGGAGGUGUUAUCCAGUUUCCGCACAGAACUGGUGGCCAUGUUGAGAGGAGUGGAGGUCCGCAGUGAGAAGGCCAUUCUGCAAGAGGCCGAUGCUGUUGUACUGAACUCCCUUUCUGAGAUGUUUGGGCUGCUGGACUCAGUUAGGAGGGUUCUGGACCUGAGACGCAGUAAGACUGAUGACAACCAGCAGCAGGUCCACAAUGCUCUUAAUGUGCUGGAGGACCAGUUGGAGGACCAGAGAAAGCCGAGGCAGGAUGAGCCCCCACCCAGCCCUGGUCACCUCUACAUGGGCAGCUUCUCCAAGGCCAUCCCCUCAAAGUGCCCGCGGCUGCAUCGCUCCAGCUCUUCCACCACCCAGCCUCAGAACCAGACCACCCAAUCGUCCAUCGUCUUAUCCCCCAUCACCACAUCCCCAGUGGGUCAGCCUCUCAAUGUGGCCUGCCUGCCUGUGGGCACACUGGCCCAAUUCCCCACCGGCUCCCAGCUCUUCACUUACUUCACCACUGGCAACACCUCUGCAGGAAAGAGAGGCAGGGCCGGGUCUGUGGCUAUCCAUGCAGCCUCCAGGGUGACUGUGCGUAACAAUACCACAGAGUCAGGGGUGGGGACCCCUCUACAGGUGCUUCAUCUAACCCAGGAGAGGGAGCAGGAGUCUGGGGACAUGGAGAGCCAGAGGCUGGGGCUGGGAGAGGAGAGGAUAGUACUUGUGCAGCACGGGCUACUAGUGGACACUCCAGGGAUUCAGACACACUAGGCUGGGAACAGUGGGGGCUCAAUCAGAGAUGGAGGAAGAGGGGGAAGAGGAGGAGCAGGGGAGGGACAGGAGAGUGAAGGUACAGAAGGAAGUGUUGCAGAAUGUAGAGCAUGUCUUUGGCAUGAAGAGGGCAUUAAAAGAACAGAAAACCAAGUGAGAGAAGAGAGAACCGUAAGGAAUACAGUUGAAAGAGAAUAGAGUGAGCGAGCGAGAGAGUGUGUGUGUGACUGUGUGUCUGUGUGGAAGAGAGCAAGAAGGUGAACUUCACCAUGUCAUGUGUAACAUAAUUUUAACGUACAGUACUUUUUCACAUGGUGUUUAUUACUGCAGGACCCAUAGUACUUUAAUUACGCAUGGUCUUCAUCAUCAAGGACAUUCAAAUGCUUAAUGAUAGGGGAGAGUGGGGUAAGUUGAGCCGUUUUUUACAUUCAGCAUCACUCCGUCAAGGGAAAUAUAGUAUUCUUUCUAACAAAGAUAUCUACAUAUAUUUCAGGAUGUUGUGUAUCCCUGGAAAUAAUCAGAUUCAUGUAAAUAUUACAGUUUUGCGGGACAGGGUAAGUUAAGCUGCCUAUUACACAUUUCUGUACUGAAUGAAAUAUUACCACUACCAUUUU